CUCUGGAGCAGUUAGUGAAUAAAAUAGGAGUGGAAAUAACACAAAGUAAUCAAAAAAGAUAGGGUACAAUACUGAAUGUGUUUGGAUGAGUUUCUGAAUCUCUAGGAUGUUGCUCCUGGGCUAUGCAGCUCUGCUCUUAUGUUGGAUGUACUGUUCUGCACAAAGAGCUUGUGAGCAACCUCCUCCUAGGAGGGUUAAGGAAGUGCCUACUAAAGUAUGGGACAAACCUCCCUAUCCACAUGGUACUCCAGCAACAUACAGUUGUCGGCCUGGAUAUAUAAAACACGGACGAAUUAUGUUUCAGUGCAAUGAUGGAGUGUGGCAACAGCAGCCCCCACUGAUAGAAUGCAUAAAUAAACCCUGUGGGCAUCCUGGAGAUGCUCAGUUUGGUUCCUUUGAACUUACCAUGGGACAUGACUUUGUAUUUGGUGCCAGAGUUGAGUACAGAUGUAAUGAUGGAUACCAGAUGCUCAGCCAAAGAAAUUACCGUGAGUGUCAAGCAGAUGGAUGGAGCAACGAUAUCCCUCACUGUGAAGUGGUAAAGUGUUUACCUGUAGAGGCACCAAAAAAUGGAAAAAUAAUUAUGGCUGGUGCAUUUGAGCUAGACCAAGAAUAUUCCUUUGGCCAAGUUGUAAAUUUUGAAUGUAAUGCAAAAUACAAACUUGUUGGAGCUAAAGAAAUAAUUUGCUCAUCUGAUGGAAGAUGGAGUGAUGAUGUGCCUCAGUGCCAAGAUAUUACCUGUGAUGUGCCAGAAAUUCUGAAUGGAUUUGUACAUUCUCCGAAGAAGUCUUACAAGGAAUUGGAAAUACUGCAGUUUUCCUGUGAUAAGGGAUACAGAUAUGGCGAAAGAGGAGAUGCCCUAUGCACUGAAACAGGAUGGAAUCCACCUCCCUAUUGCAUUAAAGUCGUAUGCUCUCCUCCAGUAGUUCGCCAUGGGAGCUUUGGACCUGAAAAACCCAGCUACGAAGAAGGUGAUACAAUCAAUGUACAGUGUGAUGAUGGAUAUCAUUUUAUAGUAUUAACUGACAGAUCCACAGCUGAAUGCACCAAGAAUGGCUGGGUGCCAAUUCCAUCUUGCGUCUUUCAAAUGAAACCAUGUGACUACCCAAAUAUAGAAAACGGCAGGUUGGAGCGGUUGUCAUACUAUCGCUUUCCAUUGACAAUUGGGCAGACUGUUUACUACACCUGUAGCAACGGUUAUUUAACCCACAGUGGAGAUACCUGGCAACAAAUUUCGUGUUCUGCAAGGGGCUUGCAGCCAGAACCAAAAUGCCUGAAAAUAUGUAAUGCCAAACAGAUACAAAAUGGUUAUGUGCCAAAAUUCCAGACUGGGAUAUCUUACAAAGAAGGUGAUAGAGCUGCAUACGCCUGCCACAGUGGCUACCAGACUGAGCACGAAGAAGUCACGUGCACAAGGAAUGGCUGGUCACCUCAUCCGAGAUGUGUCCGUGAAAAAAAAUGCGAGAGAAGGGCUUUUGAGAAUGGUUAUUUCACCUUGUCAAGGACAACAUUCCGUUUUAAAGAAGUGACCUCAUAUAGGUGUCAAGAUGGCUUUGUAACUGCAGAAGGAGAAGACGAAGGAGAGACACAGUGCCGAGAAAAUGGCUGGACUCCACCUCCAAAAUGCAUCAGAUCAUGUAAAGCACCAAAGGACAUUUUGAUUCACCACACAAAUAAAACUGUGUUCAUUCCUGGAGAUAGAAUUGAGUAUUCAUGUUUGGAAGGAUAUAAAAUUGCAAAUCAUAAGCCAACUGAUACCACAGAGUGUGGCAUAAAUGGUGAAUGGAGUCCAGCACCUUGGUGUGUCGUAAUCGAAUGCGCCAUGCUGGAAUUGGACCAUGGAUAUUUUUCUCCCAGGAAGGAUAAAUACUUAAAUGGAGAUGUUGUGACAUUUUCCUGUGCAAAGAAUUUUGUAAGAGUGGGAUUUGCCUCUGUUCAGUGCUACUCCUCUGGAUGGUUUCCAUCACUACCAGAGUGUAAAGAUCCAUCUCCUCAGUGUGAACUUCCAGUGGAUGUUGACUUAGUGAGCCCUGAUCAACAUCCCAUGUCAGAAAGCAGGACUGGCUUUCAUGAAGUUAUACAUUACAGAUGUGCACCAGGUGACGAAAACACUAAACAAGCAACCUGUGUGUCUGGAAAAUGGACACCAGAGAUUAAAUGUCCAGUUGAGGAGGGUAUGUGCCCGCCUCCACCUCCGGUGUCUGGUGUUCAACAGACAACAGCUGGAAGAUAUUACAGGAAUGGGAGUAAAAAAGUUUAUUCAUGUCCCAGCGGUUUCCAGCUCAUCGGUGCAAAUGAAAUAACCUGUACAGACGGGAAAUGGCAAGCACCACCUCACUGUGUGGAAAAACCAUGUUUGCCACCACAGACUGUAGAAUGUGCUGAUCCUCCCAGGCUGGAAAAUCCAAACUUAAAAACUGAAAAGGAAGAGAAAUCAAUUUAUCUGGCCGGUGCUAAAUUUAAGUAUGUUGCUCGUUCUGGAUACACGUUAAAUGGAUCAACAGAGAUAAAUUGUACUAUGGGAGAAUGGACUGCAGCUCCUACAUGCUUGGAAAUGUCAUGUGGAAGUAUUCCAAAAGUUGCCCAUGCUCAAUUUGAAGGCAGAAACAAGAAAACUUAUGAGCCUGGAGAAACAAUUCUCUACCGGUGUGAUGCAGGGUUCCAGACUGUUGGUUCCCCCGAAAUUAUUUGCAGAGAAGGAAAUUGGACAGCACCACCCUCCUGUGAAGUUAUUCACUGUGGACCUGCACCUGAAAUCCAAGAUGGUAAUAUUGCAAGCACUCCACAGGAGAGGUAUCUGCCCGAUGCCACAGUGAAUUAUCAAUGUGAAAGCAAUUUUCAAAUGAUAGGUGACAGUUCCAUCACUUGUAUAAACGGUGAAUGGUCACGAGCACCAGAGUGCAGAGAUACGAAAUGUAGACCUCCUCCAGAAAUAGCUGGUGGUAGAAUUAAUAUGAAAAAGUCAAAGUAUCUCCCUGGGGAGACUGCUACCUAUGAGUGCUGGCAAGGUUUUAAGAUGACUGGGACUUCCACAGUAGUGUGCCAGAAUGGGAUCUGGACAGAGUUGCCAAAGUGCAAAGGAAGAGGUCGGAAAUGUGGCAAACCUUCAGGUAUUGAAAGCGGAGAGAUUCUUUCCACCCUCAUGUCAGAAUAUGAACAAGAUACAACUCUGGAAUACAAAUGCCCAGACUUCUAUGUCUUGGAAGGAUCUCAAUAUAUCACUUGUACUGAUGGCAAGUGGUCAAACCCCCCUGUUUGCCUAGUGGCCUGUACAGCAUCAAAAGAAGAUAUGGACAGAAACAAUAUUGAGCUGAGAUGGUCCCACAGAACCAAGCUGUAUUCCAUAUCGGGUGACACUAUUGAAUUUCAGUGUAAACCAGGAUAUUUUGAGGAGCAAGGCAUAUCCUACAGAGUCAAGUGUGUGGAGGGGGUGAUAGAUUACCCGCGAUGCACGUCGAUAAGGAACUGUAUAGUGAAUAGGAACCAUAUGGAAAGCAACAAUAUUCAGCUACGGUCAGGCCAAUCAAUAACUUCCACCUAUCGCUCUGGGACUGAGAUUUUCUUUGAAUGCAAAAGAGGGUACCAGCGAGUUUCAAACCCUGGGAAAUUUAGGGUACAGUGCCGGGAUGGAGAGAUUACAUAUCCUACAUGUAGACCGUCUUCUCCAUAAAUGGAAAUGGCAUGAAGGAGGCCAGCUGUGGAAAUGAAAGAGCCCUCAGCCAACCCAGUGAUUUGAGCUCAAUUUUUCCUGGUGUUUCCCAUUUUGCUGUGCUUUUUUUGCCUUGUUAUAUUAUUUUUAUUAUUGGAUGAUUGUGUUUGCGUUAUUAUCCACAUUUUAUCAAUUUUUGUAAAUGUAUUUACAUUUCGUCCAUCCAAAUGGCUGUGCUUGCAUUUUAUCCAUUCUAUACUGAUACCACUGUUAUUUUACUAACAAUUGUGUCCUGAAAUAGGCUGGCUUUGGUGGCAUACUGAGACAAGAAUUAAAGCUUGUGGGUGAUUUGAUUAUCA